AUGUUAGGUUUGCCAGCGGAGCCCGUGGAAAAUAAAAAGGCCGUUCCGCAUCUCCGUGGUCUCAUCGCAGCUGUCCAUUUGCCCCGUGGUCUCAUCCUGGGCUGUGUUGAUGUCCUCUGCCUAGACUGCCUUCUGCUUCCACUACUCAGCCGUCGCCCCGAACUGCAUCCACUCCUCCAGCUGCAGCAGCAGCAGCAUGACCUAGUCCAAGUGCACUUUCAGAAGAAGGAAGCCCCCAAUGUGUCGCUACCG